UCAUCAACAACAAACAACAGUAAAUAUUGUCACGUGAUAGAAUGAAAUCAAAGUCUUGUCUUGAGAGUGUUAGGUUAAACGUAUUUGUUUGAUAAAUUUCACCGAUUACUUUUGUGAGUUGUUUAUAUAAAGGUGGAAUCUGAAUAUUUUUAAGGUUAUCAUAAGAUCUGUUAAAUGCUAUCAUGGAAGACGAGAGGUGGACUACUAAAGACAAGUUAGAACAGUUUCGAGGUGUAACGGCACUUUAUAACAGUACCAAUGCUAUAAACAAGGAGAAGACACAAGCCUUGCGUAAAAAGCAGACCAAGGACAUUAAGAACUUGUCUACUCAGAACAAAAAGUAUAGAGAGCUGUAUGAGGAGGUACUACAUGGGGACAAGAAGAAUCUUUUGCCAGCACUGCAUGCCCAUCCAACGAUGCAGUUGGCAUUCAAGAACCUCAAUCCUGAGGGAAUAGAAGAGGAGUUGAAGCAAUCAAUUUUUUGUAAGACUAAAGAAUUGGAUCGUUUAAGAUUUAAGAAGAAGAACUUGGAAGAAAAUUUCCUGAAUAAAAAGCUGGGUUUGGCUGAGCUGGAGCAGGAAGCAGAUGAACCCCCGGAGAACUACCUUUGGGAACAAGAAAUUGCCAAUCAGAUUCAGAUUGUAGUUUUAUUCCUUACCCAUGUGUAUUUUGAGAAUGUAUUUUUAUUUGCCACCUCUGUAUAGCUGGGUUUGGCUGAG